GCUAUCGUCCCGCGAGAGAUGGGCUCUAUGUGGUUGAGACGAAUCCUGCUCAGCCCAACCUCUCUGCCGCCGCAGAAGCCUCCCAUGGCCGCCUUGUUAACCCCUGCCACACUUCAAAACCCCGUCUCCUCUCCCUUUCUGAAACCCUCGCCGGCAUCUCUCACUCCUCUUGCCUCCUCCCACCGCCGCCUUCUCUCAACCGCCGCGUCCUGUUCUCCUCCACGUCCUCUCGUCUCCGUCGACGAAACUUCCUUCGAAUCCGCAGGAGGUGAAAGGAGUGGGAUUACGAACCGGAGCUCGAAAGUGCUUCUCAAGGGCAUGCGAUACGAUGAACUUGAAAAAUGGGUUCAGUCACAUGGGUACAGGCCUGGCCAGGCUCUAAUGCUAUGGAAACGUAUAUACGGGAAUGGUAUUUGGGCGCAUCACAGUGAUCAACUAGAAGGCUUGAACAAAGAUUUUAAGAAGAUGUUGAGUGAGAGUGCUGAGUUCAAGGCAUUGGCUUUGAAACAAGUUAUUACCGCGGCUGAUGGAACUCGAAAGAUUCUGUUCACUUUGGAAGAUGGAUUGGUGAUAGAAACUGUCGUCAUACCUAGCAUCGCUAGUGAUAGUCGUAGUAGGAAUACUGUUUGCGUUUCGAGUCAAGUGGGCUGUGCCAUGAAUUGUCAAUUCUGCUACACUGGCAGGAUGGGUCUAAGGAGGAACCUGACUGCAGCUGAGAUUGUAGAGCAGGCUGUAUUUGCACGGUCCUUGUUCACAAGUGAAGUUGGCGACAUUACGAAUGUUGUAUUUAUGGGAAUGGGAGAACCACUUCAGAACAUUGACAAUGUUCUUAAAGCUGCUGACAUAAUGCUACAUGAUCAAGGCCUAUAUUUCAGUCCUCGAAAGGUCACAGUUUCAACAAGUGGGCUGGUUCCCCAGAUGAGGCGUUUCCUUAAGGAAUCUAAUUGUGCUUUAGCCGUUAGUUUGAAUGCAACGACAGAUGAGGUCAGAAACUGGAUCAUGCCAAUUAACCGGAAGUAUAAAUUAGACUUGCUUCUUCAGACCCUUAGGGAGGAACUUCGCUUCAAGAAUAACUACAAAGUUCUUUUUGAAUAUGUGAUGCUUGCAGGAAUAAAUGAUAGUGUGGAGGAUGCGAAGAGGCUUGCUGAUCUCGUUCAGGGAAUUCCAUGCAAGAUCAACCUCCUCUCAUUUAACCCUCAUAGUGGAUCCCAAUUCAGACCAACCAGCGAGGAGAAGAUGGUUGAGUUUCGGAAUCUCUUGGCUGAGUUAGGGUGCCGCGUCUUCUUGCGGUCGAGUAGAGGUGAUGAUCAGAUGGCUGCCUGUGGUCAGCUUGGCAAUCCCGAUGUGGUCCAAGCUCCCUUGCUUCGCGUACCCGAGCAAUUCAAAAUGGCAGUGGAAGUCUCUGCGUGAUUCGAUUAUCUGGACAUUAUAUUCCUAAAUCCUCUGGAUGAAGCAUGCUAAGCACGCGUUAGUUUGACUGCUCUGCCCGGGACCUAUCUCUUGUGGUGCACCGCCAUGUAACUUCGUUACCUGGCCUUCUUGUUAUUCACGUUUCGUGUCACCUUGUCCGGCAGAUUCAAAUUAGCUUUUGCUUGUAUGCACAUCCGCCUGAAUGCCCGUCUUAUGGAUUACCAGUUUAAGAUAUUCGACGUCUUCUCCGAACAGAAAAUGUAACCUGUUUAUUGUGCGAAACCCUUCUUGAGGAAAUAUUCUGAGUUUCUCCUAUGAAAGUAAAUUCUCGUAAGAUUUUUUAGC